CUUUCAAUAAAUUUUGGUUGAAUUGCACAUUUGUGACUACUUGUAAGUUUCUCUGCAUAUUAUACAUUGAGAUGAAUUUAGAUUUAUUUUCACAAGAUUGGGAAAUAGAUUCUUUCCACAGAAGGUCAAUGCAAUCUUAUAAUGACCAGGUAUUUGUUCACCUGUUUGAAAACCCUUAUGGGGAUUAACAUGUGAACUAUGAAAAUACAAGUUGACUGCUUAACCUCUUGACUGACGUGUGGGGUGGUUGGUGUGAAACUUGUUUGAAUUGUGAUGCUUCUUGCUAGUUUGCAUCAAUGCCUCUGUUACUGCAACAGCUGACCUUUAAGCUGCGCAGAUGGGAGACAUGGUGGAAGCCAUGGUCACAGUGGCUCUCAUCGGCAUGGUAGAGAAAACAGAUUUUCAUCGGAAGCGAUAUCGAGAAGAUGACCGCCAUGGGUCCGAUAUCUCAAAGAGAAGUUCUGACCAGGAAUCUCGGAGAAAUGCAGAUCAUGACUCGAGACCGGAGAAGAAUCCACGUUUCCGUGAAAGUGGCGAUUCCGAGGAUGAGGAGGAAGAUGAUCGGAAGCGACGUCCUUAG